AUGGCUACCGUCUUCACUCUUUUUGGCAUGAACGUGGUUCAUGACCAAGCUAAAGACUGUGUUUCGAAAUCUCAGCCAACGACCUACCAAGAAUAUAUUGAAUUUCUGAAGCAUCAGCUCCAUUCCCCCAGUGCUGUCACUCCAUCGUUGCCCGCCAAAGAAGAUGUCCGUAUCCAGUGUCAAGUCCGAGCACGAAUCCCGACCAAUGAAGGCGGAGAAAUGUUUCUUUAUCUUUACAAAAAUAACCAGGAUACAAAAGAACAUUUAGCCAUUGUAUACGGUGAUGAUUUGCGGUCUCGAUCGUUGGAUCGCGGAUGGGAGAAUGAAACCAUUGUCAACCGUAUCGUGCGUGGUGCGUAUUAUGGACGGUUGGAAGAAGUCAUCACCGAGGAAUGUCGUACUAUGUAUCUCAGUGAGGAUCAAAUGAAAUACCUGGAAAAGCAGCAAGAACAAGCGAAACGAGCGUAUAAGCCGUCCAACGAGCCGCCGUUGGUCCGUAUCCAUUCGGAGUGUUUUACGGGCGAAACGGUGCAUUCAGCCAGAUGCGAUUGCGGAGAACAACUGGAUGAAGCGAUGCGAUUAAUGCAAAAAGCCGGACGCGGUGUUAUUGUGUAUUUACGUCAAGAAGGUCGAGGGAUCGGAUUGCUAGAAAAAUUAAAAGCUUAUAACCUUCAAGACCUUGGACAUGAUACCGUCGCUGCCAACGUUCUAUUAAAUCACCCACCGGAUGGUCGUACUUACGGAUUAGCCAACGCGAUUCUGGAGGACCUGCAACUGAGCAAGAUCCGUUUACUGACAAAUAACCCUGAUAAAAUCCAGCAAAUAGAAUCAUAUGGAUCUAUCAAGGUAGUGGAACGUCGCGAGAUGGUGCCUCGAUCAUGGUCCUCUACCCCUUCUAUAUCGCUCGACCAUGACACCAACAUAACCGAUAGUCCCAACAUCGUCGCCGCAUUACAUAAAUUGCAACGCACUCCCACCUCCUCUCCCGCCGUCCCCGGAUCUCCCAAAAAGGAACUAGACAAAUACUUGGCUGUCAAGGUCAAGAAAAUGGGACAUAUUUUGAAUUUACCAGAAGGCCUUUCUUAG